CUAUCGGACAGCGGAAUAGCGGACUCGAGACCGUCGGAGCAGACAUUUUCAGGCAAUGAAAAUAAAUCCUCCUUACCACUUAAAGACGGAAAAAAACCGCUGCCAGAGAAAGCGCUUUGUGAGAUUCUUGACAAACUGCAAAAGAAGGACUUGUAUGGCGUGUUCUCUGUUCCAGUGAAUCCUGCUGAGGUUCCGGACUAUUUUGACGUCAUUUCUCACCCCAUGGAUUUCAGCACCGUGAGGGGAAAGGUUGCAAAGAAAUUCUAUACGUCAUGGGGCCAAUUCGAGGAUGACGUGUCCUUGAUCUGGAAGAAUGCCAUGAUCUAUAACGCCGAGGGGACCAUUUAUUACAAGCAGGCUAAGGCUAUGCAGGGAAUGGCUCAGAAGAUUUUUCCAGCAGCAGGUUCCAACGAGCUUUACCCAAGAUCUGGAUUUGGAAGGGGAUUUCGAGGUCGUGGAAGGGGAAGAGGUCAACCCGGUCGUCCUAAAAGGGUCCCUCUAUCUGAUCCUGCGCAGAAGGACACUCAGUCCGGUCGAAGAUUUCUGGGCCAGAGAAAGGAGGCGGUUCCGUUGGUGGAUGACAAGCAAGAUCGUUUGGUGUUUGGGAUGGACGAACGAUCGGAGAAUGCGUCCACCUCAUCACCUGGUGCUCCUGCAAUCACUGCAGCUGCUUUUGGGAAGCAGGGUUUGAAUUCGCUGCAACGGCUUGGUGGGUUAUCAUCCCCAGUAAGAGCUGGUUCAACCUCAUCGUCUGACCCUGGAGACAAGAACGCUGCAGACCAUCUGAACAAAAUGGUAGAAGGCCAUCAUGCAGUGUUUUCUCAGAAUGGCUUGAAAAAUAGCCCCCUCUGGGCGGCUCUUGAGGCUGGAAAGAUUGAUGGUCUUCUGGGGAGCCCUCUCAACUCAAGCAAGGGUGCUUCUGUGGGAGAUGGCAGUGGAGCCCAAGCUGUAGCAACCUCCAACCAAUCUGCACAAGCCCUGGCUGCCUCUGUCUCACAAGGAUCAUGGCUGGGUGGUCUUCCAGGCAAUGCAUGGCUUGCUGAUUUUUCAUCCCAGCAACAGCAAGCAGAGAACGCGACUGCGUAUGGAUCUCUCAAUGCUCGUACGCCCGCAACACUUGCUGACGUCCUGCAGCAGCAACAAGGGACUAAUCCAUCAACAUCCUCGUUGAGACCUGGUUCCUCAUCAGCUGCUCGGAGCAUGAUGGCUGCCCUGGAUAAACUGAAGGCUCAUCAUGGCCUUCACAGCAAUUCGGCCGGGUCGUCGUUCUCAUCUGCUGCAUUCAGUGCAGCAGCUGCAGCUGCGUCAAACCAUGCUUCUGCCUCUGCAUCUGCUGGUUUGCCCGUUGCUGAUGCGCAGCCUCCCGCGUCGUCCGGUCCAAACGAGGAUGCGGGAGCGUGGACAGUAGCGAACGACUAUCCCGAAGAUUACGUCCUUUUGUCGACGGAUCCGGAAGAUCUCGAGGCGACGCUGAGGCGAAUCGCGGAGGAGAACGAGGUGCUCAAGAGGAGGGUGGAGGAGGCGACGGCGGCGACGGCGGCGCAAGCGGUGCAAGUUGCAGGGGAGCGCAAGGCGGGAGUCGACGUGACCCGGCCGCGGGCGGGUGCUGUGGCUCCGUCUGCUCCGCCGCCAGACGUCGCAGCGGUGAUCGCCGCGUCGUCUGCGUCGCCUGCGACGGCUGGUGCUCCUGCUGUGGCGCCUCUUCCCCCGUCGCCGUCCCCUGCUGCUCCUGCUGAAGCGAAGACCACGUCAGCCGCCGCAUCUGCCGAGUCGCCGGGCGACGCAGCGUCGGCGUCGCAGCGGAACGCGGAGCUGGAGAGGGACAGGGAGAGCGCCAAGCACACGGCGGAGGGGAGCGAUGGGCCAAUUAAGAAGACUGAGAAUCCCAUAAGCAUUGUCUUCGUGGCAUCCGAGGUGGCACCCUACUCCAAGACAGGAGGCCUUGCUGACGUCACAGGCUCGCUCCCAUUGGCUCUGGCGGCACGUGGCCAUCGCGUGAUGGUGGUGGCGCCCCGGUACAUGAACGGCGUCACGGACAAGCUCUAUGCUGGCGCGUUCGAUUGCCAGUGCCGCAUCAAGUGCUUUCUCUCUGAGGGCGAGCAUGAGGUGGCCUUCUUCCACGAGUUCCGCGAUGGUGUUGACUUCGUGUUUGUGGAUCACCCAUCUUACCACCGCCCAGGCACGCCCUACGGCGACUCCAGAGGGGCGUUUGGUGACAACCAGUUCCGGUUCGCGUUGCUGUGCCAUGCGGCGUGUGAGGCGCCUCUGCAGUUGCCGUUUGGGGGAUUCACAUACGGGGAGAAGGUGGUGUUUGUUGCCAACGACUGGCACGCCGGACUCGUGCCUGUCCUCGUGGCAGCCAAGUACCGCCGCUAUGGUGUGUACAAGGACGCGCGCACCAUCAUCGCCAUUCACAACCUGGCCCAUCAGGGAGUCGAGGCCGCAUACACCUUUGGCAGCCUGGGCGUGCCUGGGGAGUGGUACGGGGCGCUGGAGUGGGUGUUUCCCGAGUGGGCAAGGAAGCAUGCUCUGGACAAGGGCGAGGCAGUGAACAUCCUCAAGGGGGCGAUCGUCACUUCUGACCGCGUGCUCACUGUUAGCCAGGGCUACGCGUGGGAGAUCACGACAGGGGAGGGUGGAUGGGGGCUGGACGGGCUUCUGCGAGGAAGAAGCAUCGUGCUGAAUGGAGUGACGAACGGCAUAGACACGGUGGAGUGGAACCCUGCCACGGACAAGCACAUCCCCUCGCAGUUCACUGCAGAGGACCUGGAGGGCAAAGCAGAGUGCAAGGCGGCGCUGCAGAAGGAGCUGGGGCUGGCUGUGCGGCCAGAGGUGCCCCUGAUUGGGUUCAUCGGGCGUCUGGACUGGCAGAAGGGGCCGGACGUCAUUCAAGCAUCGCUGCCUGAGCUCAUGACAGACAACGUGCAGUUUGUGAUGCUGGGCAGUGGAGAACCGGACUUGGAGGAAUGGAUGAAGUGGGCGGAGGGCGCUUACCCCGACAAGUUCCGUGGCUGGGUGGGCUUCUCCGUGCCCAUGGCUCACCGCAUCACUGCCGGCUGCGACAUCCUUCUCAUGCCGUCGCGCUUUGAGCCGUGCGGGCUGAACCAGCUGUAUGCAAUGCGGUACGGAACGGUGCCAGUGGUGCACGCGACGGGCGGGCUGAGGGACACUGUCGAGGAUUUCAACCCGUUUGCCAACGGGGGUGCAGGCGCCGGCACGGGGUGGUCCUUCUCGCCUCUUACUCAGGAAGCCAUGAUGGGGGCAUUGUGGACGGCCAUUCAAACGUACCGUGAGCAUGGGGAGUCAUGGGAAGGCCUCAUCCAGAGGGGUAUGACUCAGGACAUGUCGUGGAAUCGGGCGGCGCAGCAAUACGAGCAGAUCUUCGAGUGGGCCGUGAAGGACAAGCCAUAUGCUUAG